AUGGACCUCACUCAUAUGAUGUUUGCAGAUGACUUGCUGCUGUUUGCUAGGGGUGAUUCUGAUUCUGUUACCUUUAUCUUCUCAGCGUUUAGUAAAUUGUCUGCUGCUUCUGGUCUUCAAGCAUAUCUCCAUAAAAGUGAGGUUUAUAUUGCUGGUGUGCCUACAGAUGUUGUUGAUCAGAUUGUUGAGUCUUUGGGUAUUAUUAAAGGAAGCUUUCCAGUGAAAUAUCUGGGGGUUCCUUUAACUACAAGGAAACUCAGUUACACUGAAUGCAAACCUCUUAUUGAAAAAACAGUAGCAAGAAUUAAGAGCUGGUCAGCUAGAUUGCUCUCUUAUGCUGGUAGACUUCAAUUGAUUAAGUCAGUUCUCUUUGGGAUUCAGCUGUAUUGGUGCCAGACCUUUGUUCUCCAAAAGAAAGUUAUGAAAGAAGUUCACAGAAUUUGUAGAAGCUUUCUGUGGACUGGUUCUGAGGUUGGGUCAAGGAAAGGACCUGUUUCUUGGGAGCAGUGGUGUCUUCCAAAGAGCAAUGGAAGGUGGAAUUUGAAGGACCUUACAAUUUGGAACAAAGCAGCUGUUAUGAAGCACUGCUGGGCUCUAUCUAUGAAACAAGAUAGGUUGUGGAACAGAUUAGCUACAAAAGAUAGGCUUAUCAGUUGGAACCUGCCUAUUCAGAGAAGUUGUGGGUUGUGUCAGGUGCAUGAUGAAACACUUUGUCAUCUCUUUUUUGAGUGUAGUUAUGCCAAUGAAAUUUGGACAGCAGUGUUGCAGGAACUUGGUAUAGUUAGGGGAUGCCUUUCUUGGCAGGAGGAGCUUAGAUGGGUUGCUAAGAAGAGUAGAAGCACUAGAUUAAGUAAUAUUAAAUGUAGUGUUGCUUUCAUUGAGACUGUGUAUGCAGUCUAG